CGUCACAACUACUUGUUAGUAAAGUUGGAAUUGUACGUAAUGUACAGUACAUUGUAUUGCGUACGAGCACCUUCUCGCGCCGAGAGAACUGUCGAUCGCCAGCCUCGAAGCAUGUUGCGUUGCGCAUGCCUGUGCAAUGAAGACGACAACGCGGUGGGCUUAACGACCCGACGGAGAAACCAGCCGUCGUCGUCGCCGUCAUCGCCGUCGAGUUAUGCCAGAUUUAGCCAUGAAGCCAAGACAUCGUUGGAGAGUUUCCAACUAGAUAACACGGCCUCGUCGUCGUCGCGGCCAUCACACAAGGACACGAUUGAUUCGCCCACGUUGAAGGACUACACCCAGCACAUGGCGUCCACGACAUUAGCUUCGGACUGGCAGGAAAUGCGAAGUCGUGACGUGGGUCAUGCUACAGCCACGCCAGUUUUCUUGAAGAAACAACCAGUGUCACCUCCGAAAGCCAACACCCCAAAGCAGCCUGCCAAUGUGAGUCCGGUGCGACGUGAUGACCGUCAAGUGGGGUCAUUGUACCGCACGUAUUCGUCGUCAGAGGUCGCAGCCGACGGAGACCCGCACUCGAUUGUGCUCGUUCGAGUGCCUCCAGGACCCACUGGCCUCGUGCUGCGACCCCACACAUCGGCCCCCGUUGUGGUUGACGGGUUCGAACCAGUGUACACUUCCGAGUACCCGUCAGGAGGACCAGGGCCGAUCGAAUCCAGUGACGAAGAUGUCGGCCCUGGUAGUCUCUUGGUGGCUAUCGACAACGUGUCGCUCCUGAAUGCUUCUUAUGCCGACGUCGUAGCACUGUUACAGGCCACGGACGGCAACGCAUGGCGGGAGUUUGUGUUUCAAACGUAUGCGUCCGAGUAAAACCAGGUGAUCAUGUUCGAGGCUGAGUACUGUACAUAACCAAGUCCUUUUGUAACUGUGACCAAGGCAGUGGCGACGGUGGGGGUUGGAAGUGACGAUAUGCAUCAAGGAUGUUUCGGCAUGUAUUGCCGAUUUUCUUCAAAUUUCCCAAUUUUCAAACAUGGGUCGUUCAAUCGAACACAAUCGAACAUCUGAUUGGCUAAUAUCCUUUUCGCCCUUUAUGGAUUGUAGCCAAUCAGCAACAAGUAUUGUCUUAUUGACCAAUGGGAGAGAUU